AUGUACAGUCCAUUGAGGUAUUUUGGACUCAACAAGCCUGGUAUGCACAUUGGGGUGGUGGGUCUCGGAGGACAUGACCAUUUAGCUGUGAAAUUUGUAAAGGCACUUGGUGGUAAAAUGAUAGUGAUUAUUACAUCUCCUGAAAAGAAAGUGGGAGCUAUCAAAAACCUUGGUGUUGACUCAUUUUUGGUCAGUAGUGACCCCGAUCAAAUGCAGAUUGCAAUGGGCACACUAGAUGGUAUCAUUGAUACCGUCCCUGCAGUUCAUCCUCUUCAACCUUUAAUUGAUCUAUUAAAAACCAAUGGAAAGCUUGUGAUGAGCGGUGGACCAUUAGAGCUGCUAGAUCUACCAGUGUCCCUUUUGAUUUCUGGUCGAAAAAAAGUGGUUGGGACUGACAUUGGAGGGUUGAAAGAAAUGCAAGAGAUGCUUGAUUUUGCAGCAAAACACAAUAUUACAGCAAAUGUAGAGGUUAUUCCUAUAGACUACGUGAACACANUUGGAGGGUUGAAAGAAAUGCAAGAGAUGCUUGAUUUUGCAGCAAAACACAAUAUUACAGCAAAUGUAGAGGUUAUUCCUAUAGACUACGUGAACACAGCAAUGAAACGUCUCGAGAAAAACGAUGUUAAAUACCGAUUUGUUCUGGAUAUUGCAAGCACAUUGAAGGUUGCUUAA